AUGAAGAAAAAGCUGGACGUCUCAAUGAAAUGCUGGAUGGUAACAAGCACGAUGAUCUAUCCCAAAUUUGUGGAUAGCAAAUUACGUUCGGGCAACAAGGAAUCAACGGAGGAAGAGCUGGAAACUCUUAUGGAUGAUGUGAUCAUGAUCUUCAGGUUUGUACAGGGAAAAGAUGUUUUUGAGGCAUUUUACAAGAAAGAUCUUGCUAAAAGAUUACUGUUGGGACGGAGUGCAUCCGUUGAUGCUGAAAAAUCGAUGCUUUCAAAAUUAAAGCAAGGAAAAGAUGUUUUUGAGGCGUUUUACAAAAAAGAUCUAGCGAAAAGAUUACUGUUGGGACGGAGCGCAUCCGUGGAUGCUGAAAAAUCGAUGCUUUCAAAAUUAAAGCAAGAGUGUGGAGCGGGAUUUACAAAACGACUGGAAGGGAUGUUCAAAGAUAUGGAACUCUCAAAAGAUCUUGCCACUGCAUUUAAACAGUUUUAUGCUUCAAAACACAGUGGGCGCAAACUGCAGUGGCAGUACGGUCUCUCGCAGCUUUUACUACGGGCACAUUUUAAUGUUGUAAAAGAAUUGCAAGUUUCAAUGUUCCAAGCUCUGGUGCUUCUGCUGUUUAACGAGAAAAUUGAAUGGAAAUACAGUGAAAUUCAAGCAGCUACUAAAAUCGAAAAAACAGAAUUGGAAAGAACGAUGCAGUCACUGGCUUGUGGUAAAUUACGUGUACUCAAUAAAACACCGCGUAGCAAAGAAAUCGAUGAUAACGAUAUAUUCGCAUUCAAUCCGGAAGUUAAUGAGAAAUUGUACAGAAUUCGUAUAAGCCAAGUACUAAUGAGAGAAACGGUUAGUCGACAUUUUUCUUUUUUUUUUCGCACUGAGUUAAAAGGGCGUUAAUU